AUGACGGAGACACCCAUCAAGUGGGGCCCUACAGGCUUCAACCCUGCGCCACCACCCCAACCCCCACCAGUGCCCCGAAGGGCCGCCGUAGAGCACAUCUCCCGCCCCUGCUUAUCCUCUGAAGCCUUCAAGUUGGCCACCCUCACCAGCCUCUCCCUCAGAGAGCUGCUCCCUCAGAUCCCUUCAGUGGAAGGCAAUGGUCUGUUCAUCAAUGAGAGUGCGAAGCUAGUGAAUAAGUUUUUGAAGGAUGUCAAGAACCUGUACCACUCAGAAGCCUUCUCCAUCAACUUCAAGGACACCGAAGCGGCCAAGAAACAGAUCAACGAUUAUGUAGAAAAGGGAACCCAAGGAAAAAUUGUGGAUUUGGUCAAAGAACUUAGCGAAGACGCACUUUUAGCUCUGGUGAAUUACAUUUUCUUUAAAGGCAAAUGGGAGAAGCCCUUCGAGGCUAAGUUGACCACAGACGAGGACUUCCAUGUGGACGAGAACACCACAGUCAGGGUGCCCAUGAUGAAAGGCCACGGCCGGUUUGACGUCCACCACUCUGACACUCUCUCCAGCUGGGUGCUGCUCCUGGACUACGUGGGCAACGCCACCGCCUUCUUCAUCCUGCCCGACCAGGGGAGACUGCAGCACCUGGAGGACACGCUCAGCAAGGAAAUCCUCGCCACGUUCCUGGAAAACAGAUCCUCAAGCACGGACACUGCCCCUCCCUGGUGCCCGGGCCCAGUGCAGGGCGAGCAACACCAACCCACGCCGUGGGAGAACCGAAAAGGAAGAGGGGGACAGGGCACUAAGUGGGAGAAACGCCCAGAAAGGAAACACAUUCAUUGCUCUGAAACUCCUUUGUUUUCUAACCAUUGUGACAGUUUCGUGAAUUUACGUUUGCCCAAACUGUCCAUUUCUGGAACCUACGAUCUGAUAAAGGUCCUGGGCAACCUGGGCAUCACCAAGGUCUUCAGCAACCAGGCUGACCUCUCGGGGAUCACUGAGGAUGUGCCCCUGAAGGUGUCUAAGGCAGUGCACAAGGCUGUGCUGACCGUCGACGAGAAAGGGACUGAAGCUGCCGGGGCCACUCUCGUGGAAAUCGUCAAGUUGACAAGUGUGUUGUCACCCCCAAAUGUGGAGUUCAACAGGCCCUUCGUCUUAAUCAUCUAUGACAGAUACACCAAGAGUCCCCUCUUCGUGGGAAAGGUGGUGGAUCCCACCAAAACAUAACUUCCUCUCUGGUUCAGCCCCCACCCCAGGCCAGGCCCCCGCCCUAGAGGACAUUAAAGAAUGGCUGACCCGGCCCAGGCUU